CGGGGAACGUAGAAGAAGACGGCCACGUGAUUCGCGCUAACCGACUGGAGCCAAGAUGGCGGUGGCGGUGCGGAGUUUGCAAGACCAGCUCGAAAAAGCCAAGGAAAGCUUGAAAAAUGUGGACGAUAAUAUCCGCAAAUUGACCGGACGUGACCCCAAUGAAUCAAGACCGGGUCAGGCCCGUCGAGUCGGCGGUCCCAUGGCAGGCCCCGGAGGAGGUAGAGGACGAGGAGUCAACCUGCUCAGGCGUAGUCUCUCGGACAUUGGAAGCGGCGGCCCCCCUGCCAAGCAGAGAGACAUUGAAGGAGCCCUGCUGAGAUUGGCAGGGGACCAGAGGGCCAGGAGAGACUCGCGUCACGACAGCGAUGCCGAGGAUGAUGACGAUGUCAAAAAGCCGGCGUUGCAGUCGUCCGUUGUAGCUACCUCCAAGGAGCGAACGCGCCGAGAUCUCAUUCAGGAUCAAACCAUGGAUGAGAAGGGCAAGCAGAGGAAUCGGCGCAUGUUUGGCCUGCUGAUGGGGACCCUGCAAAAAUUUAAGCAGGAGUCCAACGUCUCCACGGAAAAGCAAAAGAGACGUUCAGAGAUUGAGCAGAAGCUCGAAGUUCAGGCUGAGACUGAAAGAAAGAAGGUGGAGAAUGAAAAGAGGGAGCUGUUUGAAGAGAGGAGAGCCAAGCAGACAGAGUUGAGACUACUGGAACAGAAAGUGGAAUUAGCUCAACUACAAGAGGAGUGGACCAGCCACAAUAAUCGCCUGGUGAAAUACAUUCGCACAAAGACCAAGCCUCAUAUCUUCUAUCUGCCUGGAAAAAUGUGCUCCGCAACACAGAAACUCCUCGAAGACUCCACCAAGAAACUAAAUACUGUGUUUGAAGAGAGGCGUGAGGCAUUUGCCGAACACCUCAGCAAGAUGGAGUCACGCCCCAGGCGACAGCCUCUCCGUGACCAGGAUGGCAACACAGCGGCAACAGGAAUGGACCAAUCGACGGAGGGUAAGCCAGCAGGUCAGGGAGUCAAGCUGACAGGUAAUAAGGGUCGUGUAGAGAUGGAGGAAGAGGAUGAGGAAGAUGAGGAGGAGGAAAGGGUAAAAGAGGGGGAUAGUAAGGUGACGGAGGGGGAUAAAGGGGAGGAAAAAGAGGCAGGAGGGAGGGAAGUUUUGAAGAAGGUGGAGGAAGAGGAGGAAGGGAUGGAGCUUAGUGAGCAGGGGGGUGGGGAGAAGAAGGAAGGAGAGGAUCAGAAGGAGAAGGGAGACAAAGAGGUGAGUCCAGGAUCUGAAGAGAUGGAAGUGGAGCAGGGGGAAGAGAAGGAGGGCAGGGGGAAGGAAGAAGAGGUAGAAACAGUCAGUAAACAGGAGCCUGUAGACAUCCGUAAUGAAAAGACUCCGGACACCCAGUCCCCUGAACCCGCUAUGAGCACUCGAGAAGUACCAGACACCAGUCACCAGCCCAGUCACACUGCAGGGGAACCAGCAGAGCCAUCUCCUAUGACCCAGGGGGCCUCCCCAACCCCAGAACCCCAAACUGUACCCACCACGCCUGCACAGGAUCUCAGCGUCCCUGGGUGUGAGGUCCAGGACUCAGAAGUGGUGAAUAAGGCAGAACAAACAAAGACAGGGGAAGAAGUCUCACAAAAAAAGCUUGAUUCCAAGGGGGCCACCCCAGCCAAGGAGGAAGAGGAUGGUGGCAGAGGGAGGAAGAAGGAUAAAGAUCAAAGAAAGGGCCGCAGUCGUAGUAACAGCUCUUCGUCGUCCUCCUCCGGCUCCUCCUCCAGCGGAAGUUCCUCUUCCUCCUCCGGAUCCAGCCGCUCCUCGUCGUCUUCUUCAUCCUCAUCUUCCUCAUCAUCCAACAGCAGCAGCCGAAGUCGCAGCCGAGACAGUGGAAAGCGCAAGAGGAGACCGUCGGAUAGAGUCAGGGACAGGAAGAAAGGAGAAGAAAGAAGUCACCAUAAGAGAGGAGGGAGCAGCGGAGGAGGGAGGGACUCGAAGGGAUCCAAGGAGAGGAGAAAGAGAAGGAGCGAGGAAGGGAGGGGCAGGUCGUCCCGGAGCGAUAGGGAUCAUAAAGAUAGAGACAGGAAGGACAAAAGACGCUAAUUUGGGUCGACUGUAAAAUGCAGAAAAAAUUAACCUCCAAACUAUUCACAACAGGGGUUUUUAAACUAGUAUGUGUCAUUAAAACUUUUCAACUAGACCCACUGAAAGUUUUAACAUAGGAGGACAUCUCAGUGUCUAUAUGGAAAUAUCAGAAUUAAAUUGGAAAGAAUGGCUGGUUAUUUUCUUCUAGCUUGCUCCUUCUACUUGGCAGAGAAAUGGCCCUGCUGGCCACCGUACAGAGCCAGUCUGUUAUGUUGUCCUGCCUGAGGUAGGAGCCACUAAGAAGAUCAUUUUAAAUCCAGAUGAGUUAUCCUUAGUUUGAGAUUUGUUUUAUAAAGAUCAUUGUGGCACGAUGAGGUAGAAAUGUUGUAGAAUGAUUUUUCUGUUUUUUCAUCUUGGUCAUUAAGCCUUAGGCUGGGCUGUUGGUGGUGACUGUUCACAUACAGUAGUUGUAUUUUCAAGUUGUUGUGGCAGCACUGGUAUCUCCAAUGUCAAGUGUGAUUCGCUCAUAUAUUGGGCUUUGAAAGUUUUCCCCUUUUUUUGUAAUGACUGAUAAUCUGCUUCAAAUAAAAGGUGAGGUAUCAAUGGAAA